AUGCAGCGCUUCCGCGUCGAGUCACUGCGGGCUCGACCAUUCCUCCUCGUCCUCUCCGUCUUAGGCCUCGCGUCGUCCGCCUCUGCCCAUGGCGGACACACAGACAAGAUCCCCGAGGGGGCAGCAGUGUCACCGGACCCUCUCGACGCGCGGUUAUGGACGCAUAUCCUCCUCAUGACCCUUUCUUUCGGCCUGAUUUUUCCCUACGGCAUGGUCCUGGGCAUCAUCCGAAGCAGAUGGCAUGUCCCCGUCCAGAUCGUGGGCACGGUGGUGGCUACAGUCGCAUACUUCCUUGGCCACAUGCAUAAAGGGCGACAGUUCAGGCACCCCAACAUCCAUGCCAGCUUUGCCAACAGCCUGGUUUUGAUGCUGAUCGUACAGGUCGGUCUGGGUAUCGGGCUCAAGUUACAUCUGGAAGAGAAGAGCGGAUGGGUGGGGAGGGUUUUUGGAGGCAAGGUGGGAAGAGGCGGUCGACGCGGAGUGGUCAUAGUGCAUGGCUGGUUGGGAAAGGCCAUGCCCAUCAUCUCAUGGGCACAGAUGCUGUUUGGCGGCAUUGUCGCAAUGGGCUAUUGUCGCGGAGACCACCUAGGUCAAUGUCUGGCACAUUUUAUCAUGGGAUCUGCCUUCAUCGCCUACGGAAUCAUCAUGACCCUCCUCUUGCUCAUCGGUCAGGCGUGGCUCAGACGUACCGGACGCAGUCAAGAGUUCUUCGACAGCAUUGUCAUUGCGGCCUGGGGUUGCGUCAACACCUUCACCGAGCAUCGAUGGGGCCAUCCUUGGGUUAAGAACGACCUGCAGCACACAAGCAUGGGCAUCGUAUGGUGGUGCGCGGGACUCCUCGGUGUCUGGCUUUCCAGGUCCAGAAGUGGACGGCCGAAGCGCAACAUCCUGCCUGGCAUUGUUAUCGUGCUCACUGGAUGGGCAAUGGGCGGACAUCCCCAGGAGUUGCCAUUGAGCACUAUGGUCCACACUGUCUUCGGUUACACGCUGAUGGCGGCUGGGGCGGCACGGAUCGUUGAAAUUUCCUUCUUGCUCAGAGACAGCAGGGGAGCCGGUGAAGCCAACAGUUGGCAGCAUCUACCACCGUUUCUCCUCUACGCAUCUGGUUUUCUGUUUAUGGGUGCCACCGAAGAACAGAUGCACCUCUUGUCUGAUGCCAACGUCACACACGUCAGCUACAUCCUGAUUCUAUACUCGGUCGCGUUUCUGCUCUACCUCUUUGUCAAUAUUCUCCUCUACGUUUACGCAUCUCAUGCCUGGCCGGACGACGAGAGUAAUGGUCUCCGUGGCCCUCCGCCCACUACCCACUCUCUGGGCACCACCGCGGGACCGAGCCACUCUAGAAAGGUGUCGAUCCUCCGUGACUUGAACGGCCAUGUUCCGGGGCCCGCCAACGGGUCGGUGAGACUGCCUCGCCACCGAGGCUCCGACAGUCAGCAAGUUAGAGACGCUGAAGAAUUCGAGCUCGAAGGGUUGAUGAGCGAUGGUGAGCAGGAAGAUGGUUUUGUGAAACCGAAAAGAAUAGGAUCAGCCGUGUAA